AUGACUUCCACACUCCUCAGCAGCCAGAUCAAUGGCUCCGAUGGGGCUACAAAGGGCACCAACGGGGUCGCCGCCCAUCUUCCCAAGAGCAAGCGUUUUUCCGACAUCCCACCAACCAUCGACAUUCCGAUGCAAGAUGACGUCGAGGUCGAGAUUGACCUGCAAGUCCUGCCCGACGACCCGACCGAGCUCUGCUCCGUUUUCGAGAACGAACAAUCUCCCCGAGAAUAUUGGAUGACGGUGGCGAUGGCCUAUGCGAAACAGAACAAGAUCGACUUUGCGAUUGAGAUGCUGGCGCGUGGUGCCAAUGUCUUGCAGGCCAAUCCGCGUGAGAAGCUCAGCAUCAUCACUUGCGUCUGUUGGCUGUAUUUAUGGAAAAGCAGAGACGCGCCAAGAGUGGCCCCCGAGGGCGCGCUGGCCUCGGAGACGAAGACAAAGGAGUACUAUCUUCAGCAGGCCACCCAGAGCCUCAACGACGCCUCGCGCAUCAACCCGGCUUUCCCGCCUCUUUUCCUCGCCCGUGGCGUCCUAAUCCUCCUCAAGGCCUCGCUUCAAACAUCUUCUAAGGCCCCUGGCGCGGUGGAUUCGAACAAGGGAGAGCAGCUGCGAAACGCUCUCAAGUCGUUUGAGGAGGCCGUCCGCGUUUCGCAAGGGAAGAAUAUGUUGGCCGUCCUAGGCAAAGCGCGCGCGCUCUUCUCUCUCGGGAAGUAUCCAGAGGCCUUGGCCUCGUACCAAGAAGUUGUCACCAAGAUGCCCGAGUUCGUCGACCCGGAUCCGCGCCUCGGCAUUGGCUGCUGCUUUUGGCAAUUGGGUUUUAAGGACGACGCCAAGAUUGCCUGGGAACGCUGCGUCGAGAUCAACCCCGACUCUAAGCACGCAAACAUUCUUCUCGGCCUCUACCAUUUAGAUGCGAGUGGCCAUGUGCCGACCAAUAGCCCAGAGUUCAUCAGGUUGUACAAGAAGGCCAUGACCGAGUACACACAGAAGUCGUUUAAGCUCGACAAGAACCUCCCACUCACAUGCGCCACCUUCGCCGGCUACUUCCUUUCUCGCAAGCAAUUUGGGAAUGUCGACUCUCUUGCCCAUAAGGCCAUCCAAUACACCGAUGUCAACGCUAUUGCCAGCGACGGUUGGUAUCUCCUCGCUAGAAAGGAGCACUACGAUGGUGCGUUGGAGCGCGCGAGGGACUACUACCGUCGUGCCGACGAUGCCAGGGGCGGCAAUGACCGCGGCUACCUGCCCGCCAAAUUUGGUGUUGCGCAGCUUUCGGUGCUGAAGAAUGAUCUCGGCGAGGCGAAGCUCUUGCUGGACAAGAUGAUUCAGAAUGCCAAGAAUUACGAGGCCAUGAUCCUGCUGGGCACGCUGUAUGCUGAAGAGGUGUUUACCAACCAGUCAGCGACCGUCAAGGAGGACAAGAGCGCCGAGGCCAAGAAAGCUAUUGGUCUCUUGGAGAGCGUGCGCAUUGCCUGGAAAGACCCCAAGAAGAAUCUAUCGCCUGAUGCUUCUGUGCUCCUCAACCUCGCGCGCCUGUACGAGAAUGAGAACCCGGACAAGGCGCUGCUGUGCCUCCAGCAGGUGGAGCAGUUGGAGAUUGACCAAGUCCCCCAGUCUGAGUAUCCUGCGGAUGCUCAAGACGAGGCUGCGACCCGUGCUGCCCUUCGAAAACUCCUUCCGCCACAGCUGCUUAACAACAUCGGCUGCUUCUACUCUCAGGAUGGGAAGCACCCGCUGGCUACCCAGUUUUUCCAAGCCGCCCUCGAUUCUUGUGCCCGCAUCAGCCAGACGGAGAAUGAUCUGGACAUCGAUGCGCUCCUGACGACUAUCUCCUUCAAUCUCGGUCGGAGCUACGAAUCGGAAGGCGAUGUUGACAAGGCGGUUGAGACAUAUGAGCAGUUGCUGAGCCGCCACAGUGACUACACCGACGCGCAGACAAGGCUGGCUUACAUCAAGCUGCGCAGGAACCCCACCAAGGAGGGCCCCGAUGCUGUAGCAAAGUUGUACCAGGAGAACCCGUCCGACAUUGAGGUCCGCUCGCUAUACGGCUGGUUCCUAAGCCGGGUGAACCUCAAGAAGAGGCCAGCCAACAUCGCAGAGGACCCCGAGCAGCGCCAUUACAAGCACACUUUACAGAAUUACGACAAGCACGACCGCUACGCCCUCGUCGGCAUGGGUAACCUCCACCUCAUGUCUGCGCGUGAGAUGCGUCGCGAGACCGAGCAGGAUAAGCAGAAGCGGAGCGCCGCUUACAACCGCGCGGUUGAGUUCUUUGACAAAGCCCUUCAACUGGAUCCCAAGAAUGCAUAUGCCGCUCAGGGUGUGGCUAUCGCUCUUGUGGAGGACAGGAAGGACUACAAGAACGCCCUGCAGAUCUUCCUCAAGGUUCGCGAGACUAUCCAGGAUCCUCAUGUGUAUGUCAACCUGGGCCACAUUUACGUCGAGCUGCGCCAGUUCAGCAAAGCCAUUGAGAGCUACGAGAUGGCUCUCUCCAAGGAGGGCAAAGCGAACGAUGCAGGCAUCAUCUCGUGCCUCGGCCGGACCUGGCUCAACAAGGGCCGCGCGGAGAAGAACCUUGAGGCGUAUAAGAUGGCCCUUGAGCACGCUAAGAAGGCUCUUUCCAUUGCCCCGGAGCAGCUACACUUCAAGUUCAACAUCGCCUUUGUGCAAAUCCAGCUCGCUCUCACUCUACACUCCAUGCGUGACAGCGAGCGCACCUCGUUCCAGCUCGAGGAGGCCGCCGAGGGUCUCGAGUCCGCCAUCAAGGCGCUCGACGAGAUUGCCGCGUCCCCCUCGCCGCCGUACCCAAAGCACGACAUCGAGCAGCGCGCAAACAUGGCGCGCAACACACAGCGCAAGCAACUCGAACGUGCCCUGGCCAGCCAGCGCGAGUACGAGGCCAAGAACAAAGAGAAGCUCGCGGCCGCACUUGAACAGCGCCAAGCCGAGCUCCGCCGUCGUGAGGCCGAGCGCCGCAAGGUAGAAGAAGCCGAACGCGAGCGCCAGGAGAAGAUCCGCAAGGAACGCGAGGAAAUCGCCGUGCGCGACCGCGCCCUAGCCGAGCAGCGCGCCGAAGAUGACCGCGCCCGCAUCGCGGCCGAGAUGACGACCGACAGCGAGACGGGUGAGAAAGUCAAGCGCAAGAAGCGCGCCGCCGCUUCACGUCGCGACCGCGAUUCCCGCUCCGGCGAGCCCGCCUCCAAGCGAAGCCGCAAGAAGAAGGCCGCAUCAUCCCCAGCCGGCUCGGACGCCGAGGAUUCCGACGCCGGCGGUGGCGGUGGUGGUGGUGCCGCUCGCAGCCGCAGCAAGCGCCCGCCCAAGAAGAAGCAACGCCUAGCGACCAAGAAGGAGAACUCCAAGUUCAAGUCUGCCGAGAUCGUCGUCGACAGCGACGAUAGCGACGACAACGAGGGCGACUAUCGCGGCAGAAGUGGAGCCGAUGACGACGACGACGAUCCGCUGGAGCGUGCCGAGCGCGCAUUGGAACGCUCGGCGCGCCGCAGCCGGAGCCGCACUGCGGCGUCGGGCACGGGAGAGGAGGAGAGCGGGGCUGAGAGACGGCCGAGACAGCUGCAGCGGAGGAGACUGCAGCGACGCAGGUCGGCGUCGUCUAGGAAUACUGAGGCCAGUGCUGGAGGGGAUGAGGAUCGCAUGGAUGUUGAUGCGGGCAGUGAGAAGGGGGGCGGGGAUGAUGAUGAGGAAGAGACGGUGGCCAGGCGACCGCAGAAUAAGAGGUCGCGCCGUGGGAGGAUUCUGGAUGAGAGUGAUGAGGAAGAGGAGGCGGCUACUGGUGGUGGUGAUGCGCCUACUCCUGGUGUUGAGGAGGAGGGUGUUAAAGGUGAUACGAGCAUGGUGGAUGCGAAUGAUGACGAGUGA